UCUGCCGAGGCAGGACGAGCUCACUUUCAUGGCUCUCUGACAGCUUGGUCGGUCGACGGGAUUCCGUUCGUCGGGAGAAGUCGCUCCGACGGACCAGUGCGCGGUGAACUGAGAAUCUAAUCGAAUCGCGGACAAGUGUUGGUGAUCGAAACGUCAUCGAGAUAGACGCCUCCCUCGCGAGCCCCAAGUUGGACUAUUUCGGGGACAGAGCGCGCUAAUAACCGGUGACAUUUUUCACAAGUUUCGCGUACCUGUCAUCGAUCGGAGAGUUCGCAGUGUCGAGGUGAAAAGGAGUCCAAGGGAUAUCGAAUUUCCGCGAACGGGUGCGCAGCGGAAUUGGUGACAGUCGGUUUCGGAGCAAACACGGAGGAAGAAGUUGGUGCACCUGCCGCAGUGGUUCUCGUGGCGCCACUCACGUGUUGCAUGCGUGCCGCGUUAUCCAUCAUGGUCGCGGACCUGGAGCAGCUCUGAUUGGUCGGAGCCGCGGUCACGUGGUAUGGUAAUUGGGCUUUGGUGGGCGGGAAGGAGCGAACGAGGCCGCGGAGCUUCGUGGAAGAUCGCAAAAGUGGCGGAAGGAGAGGAGAGGACAAGCAGCUGUCCACCGGGAGUCUGCUGCUCUCCGUGGUCUCGCUCUUUUCGCUCGUUUUCUCUUCUCCCCCUAUCUUUCUCCUUUUUCCGCCUUCUCCGUCUUGGUGCACCCUUUCCCCUCCGGCGGAAAAAGUCACCCUGUUCGGUUCGCGGGGCCGGGGGAGAGGGAUGUCGGCCACGGGCCAGAGUGCAGUGCGGUGUGUACGCUUCCAACAAUGAAUAUUAACAUGGAACCGUGAGACUCUAUGAACUGACAUUGUCGAAAAGGAACAGUGACCGUCGUCGAUACGAGUGACCCGUCGCGAAACGAUAUCGGUAUAGGUGUGCCGCGAACAGGACCCGUCGCAAAGAUGAGUUCGUUCCUGAUGAAUCCAUCCGCCGGCGGUGGAUAUCAUCAUCACCAGCAUCAGCAAGCGGCAGGCGCUCAUCACUUGGCGGCUACGUCCGUGAUGGUAGACCCGAAGUUUCCACCCAGCGAGGAGUACAGCCAGAGUAAUUAUAUUCCGUCAACCGGAGCGGACUUCUUUCCCGCCAGCGGGGGCGGUCAUCACCUGAAUCACCCGCAGUCUCAUCAGUUGCAGUACGGCUACCAUCAGCACCAUCAUCAGGCGGCGUCAACUCCGUACGGGGCGUCAUCCGCCGUCCAGUUGAACGGCGGUUACGCCGGCUACGGCGGCUAUUACGGCCCGCAUCAUCCUCAUCACCAAGUGCACGCCGUUCACCAUGCCAGCCUGCAUCCUCAUCACCACGCGGUGGGCGCCCUGGCGAUGCCGCCGGAGGCCCAACAGCCGCCUCUCACGUGUCCAUCCUCUAUGCAGAAUCAGCAACCCCAGCAGCAACCACCUGUGUCCGCGUCCACUGUCCUCGGCUCUACUCCUCUGUCGCCCGGCAUCAUGCAGAAUCACGUGCAACCGCCGGACAGCCUUCAGCAUCAUCAGCAACAGAGUCAACAACCGCCGCCCCACGAAACGAACGCUUGCAGCCCCGCCAAUCCCGGUCAAUUGCAUCGAGACAAUUCCCCGGAUCUUCAGCAGCAACCGACGCCCGCCCAACAGUCUCAGCAUAUACAGAACGCACAGCAGCAACAACAGAGCCAACAACAGUCGCAGCAUCACGUGGACGACGGUUCCGAUCAAGACGACAUGGAGGAUGAUCAGAUGAUGGACGGAUCGCCUGGUAUGAUGGAGGAGGACGACGACGACGAGGAGAACGGGGAUCGUGUGAUUUAUCCGUGGAUGAAGAAGAUUCACGUUGCUGGCGUCGCAAACGGCUCGUACCAGCCGGGGAUGGAGCCGAAGCGACAGAGGACCGCGUACACGAGGCACCAGAUCCUCGAGCUGGAGAAGGAAUUCCAUUACAAUAGGUACCUGACGAGACGGCGACGGAUCGAGAUCGCUCAUACCCUGGUCCUGUCCGAGCGACAGAUAAAGAUCUGGUUCCAGAACCGUCGCAUGAAGUGGAAGAAGGACAACAAGCUGCCGAACACGAAGAACGUCCGCAGGAAGAACGCGAACGGCCAGGCGGCGCCGUCCGCGAAACCGUCCAAGACCACCGCCUCGAGGACGAAGUUGCCCACCGGGAACAACAACAAUCAGAGGAAGAACAACAACAACUCGCCGUCCAGCGGUAUCGACAGCAGCAUGGACUCCAACGUCGGCCUGGACAUGGACGUCCACGCGGUGAACGCUGCUCUUCCGCAUACGAACGUGGUCCAUCCGAGCUUCCAAGGUCACCCGCAUCCGCUGGCCCAUCUUCAAGCGCAGCUGAGUCAUCAUCACGUGAGCGGGAUGAUGGAGGGCCCCACGGGAGGGCCGUUGGGACACAUAGGCACCGGAAGUAUCAGUCCUCUCGCGCCGGCGACCAGUCCGUCAGGACUGUCGCAGGUCUCAGCGCCUAUCCCGCCACCGGCGAUAAAGUCCGACUAUGGCCUGACGGCGCUGUAACAUCAUGGGGAACCAGACUGCUCCAGACUAUCGCGUUUUCACGGAAGAUUCGUCACUGUUGGCUUCUAGAGUCGUUUCGACUCUACCUGGCACGAUAGACACAGUACCGCUUCGAAGAGAUAAAAGUGUGGCGAUCAUUGCGACCCACUGUUAGCUCAAAGACAUAGGAGAGAGCAUUGAAGAGGAAGAACUAUGACGAGUUUGGAUCGUCCACUAUGAUUUUUAGGUGCCGGUCUGACUGGUCAAUAAGAUUCUGCACAAGUUGAGCUACCGAUCAACUCUAUCACUGUGCAAAACCUCUUUGACCAGUCAGACUUGCAUCUAAGGAUGUUUUGUUCCAAGUAAUUGCGUGAUGAAUGAUUCAUCAGUUUAAAAGAAGAUCGUCGGGAUACUUAGAUGACGGAAAUAGCAGCCACGACAUAAACUACUGGACGAUUGCAAUCGUCAGCGGCUAGCAACGACGAAUCCUGUGUCUCGCGAUACUCCAACAUGAAGUACCAUGGUCUAGGACCUGAAUUGGCGCGGAUUGAUAUUCUCUGAUGAGAUUCCACGGUGAUUUGAAUACGCAAAGGAUGGCCUGCAGCUUCCACCCGAUUCUUCGCACGACGGACUGGUCGAAGACUCCUCUUAUUUUCAGCGUAAGAGUCACUGAUCCUUCCAGUUUCUCAGACUCGUCGCGAGGUCCUUCAGAAUUUGCCGAAGUAGUUUAACCGAAAUCGUGGAGUAUUCGAAGACCGAGCGACGAAACGGUGAGAGAAUAAACUGCUAGGCGUUCUCGAGUGAGAAAAAUUUGGAACUCGGUGACUUGGUGAGGAUUCACAGUUCAGAGGUGUGUGAAAAGCAGUGAAAAAUGACUCGAGACUCUGUGAACGGGUGACCAGCCUCUCUUUGCGUGUAACAAUUGUUCGGUGAGUGACUGCUGAUUGUAAUUCUAAGUUUCUUAUUACGAUUAACGGGAUUGAGAAUAAUGCUUGCCAAAUUGUAGAAAUAAAUGAAAACGACGAUAGGAGUACCCAUGCGUGUUCUCGAUAAGCCUCGGCCUCGUCCUAUCGUCGUUUGUAUUUGUUUUGAGUUGAGCAAUAUUUUAGCGUUACUCGAGCCAGUUUGGUGAGUCGAGGUAGCCCGAUAUUUCACUCCGCGCGAUUAGAGUCCCGAACCGUCGAAAGUAAAUAGAGUCCCUCGAUCUUCCCAAGAACGUUCGGCCAUGACUUUUCGUUUGUCGAAUGCUGUGAUCCGAUAAGUAAUCACCCCCCGCAAUCUAAACGAUUCCCAGUUCGUAGAGGAAGUCUCGCCGGUACGAAGCGACAAAAGGAAAUCAAUGUUCCGCGAUACUGUACAUAGAAACACCUGGACACGUGCGUGUGUGUGUGUGUAUAUAGUCGUGUAAAGAAAGUCUUAUUGCUAUUGUGAUUAAAAUGCAUCGUAUUUCGUAUGUUAUUACGUGAGUGUGCGGUCUUGACGUUUUAAGAGUUCGAGAAAGGACUGUCCCGAUGUUGUGAAGCGCUCGAUCACGAUUCAGCCAGCAAGUAGUUUGAUAUUGUUCAGAGAUGGGUGGAAUUUAAUUCCAUACAAUGAUUCAUUCGAUCGAACAUCUGUAGAGGCAAUGUUUCACUUGUUCAAAGUAAAUUAUAAUUUCAAUGUAUGAUUUGAGUUCAAAUUGUUUUUUAACGAAUGUGUCUUUUAUUUGUCACUUGAGAUUCGUAUCUAGGCAAGAGGUUUGCCUAUCUCUGACGCUGAAAGAGUUUACACGUAGUAAAAUGAGGCGUGAGAACGUCUAUGAGAAAACCAGACAGAGGAACGGGGCUUGGGAGCGAAAAAUAGAGCGGUAGAACGUUUGGCACUAGCUUCGACGCGGGUUUAGCCGCAUUUCGAUAAAAAUAGAAGUCGGUAAGGUUCAAUUUGUUGAAAAUUUGGUUGGUACAAUUCAACGAUUCCGUUAAUUUCGCUAUUUGGAUAAUUGCUCUUCGCUUAGCGAGCGUUCUUUGCUAGAUCUGAGCUCGUUGGUUCGCGCGAAGUAGAUGUUUCCUGUCAUUGUCAGACACGGCGCGUCGAGUACAGCCGUUGGGCGCAGAGUAAUCUACGACUAGAAUUACCGCGUAAUCAGUUCCAAUGAUUUCUAUGAUUAAUAAACGAUCGGUAACCGUUGCUAACGAUUAACAAUUAAUUGGUAAUUAUGAUUAACGAUUAACGAACAAUCGGCAGCGAUUAGCUCUGAAAGAUUACAAAAUAUCGACUUACGAUUACCGAUUUGCCCCACGACUGUGAAUAAUUAUUACAAAAUUAAGCACAAAAUCGAUGUCCAACUCUAGAGGAAGAUCGUCGUGGACGGGCACCAUUUUCCCGUGUUUCGCGUUGCGGUUGGAAAUAGAAUCUGUGAGUAGCGUUCGUUCGCGUCACGAGCGCGCGUUGUAAAUAUUUCUCCGAGAUACAAUGUCUAUUUUUAUCGAGAAAGUAUAAAGAACGACCAAGUUAGUUGUAAAUGCUGGUACCGCGCCCUCGAACGGACAAACCGGAAGCUGUACCGCGGAGACGAGUAGCAAUCAAACGAUUAAAUGCACAGAGUCGCUGUGACGAUAUACCAAAACGAUAUGUUUAUCAGAUUUAAUAUAGGAACGUAGAGGUACUAAGGAUUAUUAAGCGGCACGUUAAUUCUAAAGAACGACAGACGGAAUGCGAAAGGCGGUCCUAGCGUAAUUUAGCGAGUUUAAGCAAACGAGCGCACGAGUUUACGAGAACGUUCUAUUAAGUGUGACAUUGUAUUCCUUGAUAUUCUAUCGAUAAUGUAUAUAGCCUGUACGAUAAGAACCGUAUUUGGGCACAGUCCGAUGCUUAUGUUUAUAUUGAUCGUAGAGACCGAUCAAAUACAAUCGUGAAGUAAAUAAAUCAAUAAAUAAAUGUUU